GCUGGCCUAUAUAACGCGUCCACAGCUCCUCAGCCUCAGUUCACACGCUGACUCCAUCACACCACCAUGAACACCAAGGUCUUCCUCCUGCUGGCCAUGGCCGCCCUUGCUGCCGCUGACUUCAGCUACGGCAGGCCUGACAGUCGCUCCUUCGAGUCCUUCGAGUCCUACGAGUCCGACGAGUUCACCAGGCCCAAAUACGAGUUCCAGUGGGCUGUCAGGGACGCCUCCAGCGGCAACGACUUCGACCACAAGGAAGCCCGCGACGGUGAAGACACCCAGGGCGCGUACAGCGUGCACCCUCCCUGACGGCCGCCGCCAGACCGUCUCUUACGUCGUGGACGGUAACGACGGCUACGUGGCCGACGUCAAGUACGACGGCGUGGCUCGCUACCACCGACUCCCACUCCCGCGAGUCCUUCGAGUCCUUCCGCUCUGGUUCAGACUCCUUCGAGUCCCGCGAAUUCUUCCGCCCACGUAGACCCUCUUACUUCUAAGACCCCAACGAGUCCAAGUAAACAAACAGACCGACGAGACCAAGCCUCCUGCUGGCCACUCGCUCUCCGCCGCCAAGACUCCUAUUUAUUGUCCCUCUCAUUGCUGACAAUGGGAACACGCACAUUAUUUAUUGACAAAUAAAACACCGAAAGCAAA